GAAACACCGGAUACUAGUCGAUGUACAGAGCCUAAUCUAUCAGUUGGACGAACAUAGUACAACUCAGGGGGGGUCCUAAGAUAGUACCCUUCUACACCAAGGUCAUAAUGGAUGGAGAAGUUAGAUUCCUCCUGGCCCCGUGCGACUUAGAUUCUUGAUGCACUUCAGGCACUGCCUGAACGUGUUUAGGAUGGUCAUGGGAGUUGUAACUCUGAACUCCCUGCUACGAAUUAACUUAGGAGUGGCGGAGAUCCUCUUCUACUAUAUGAGAUGUUAUUGACAUCUUCCAAAAGUUAUCACCUCAAAGUGCAGGACCCUUCCAUGUACUUGGUGACCAACCUAUUUGUCUCUAACAAGGGAUAUACACAAGACAUUAUGGUGACCAACCGGAGAGAGGUACAGGCCUAAAUGCAAUUGCUGUCCCAAGUGAUGAGGAGUCAGCUGUUGGACAAAGUGACAGCAAGCUGGCACAAGGGACUAGAGAAGCAAGCUCUGAAGAUGAGCUUUUGGAAGAGGUUGGGAGAGCAGCUUUGGAAGAUGAGCUCUCGGAUGAAGCCAGAGAAGCUAGCUUUAACAUUCACCCAGAUAAACUUGCAUCUGUCGUCCGUAACCAUGAAAUCAAGUCCUUGAGAUUACUCAGAGGAGUUGAAGGGCUUGCAAGCAGAGUAAAAGUCUCGUUGAAUGAAGGAGUCAAAACAAGUGAUGUGAGCAUCAGGCAGAAGAUAUAUGGCUUUAACAAAUAUACUGAGAAACCUUCUAGAAGUUUUUGGAUGUUUGUGUGGGAUGCUUUGCAAGAUUUAACUCUUGUUAUCCUCAUGGUUUGUGCUGUGGUUUCAAUAGGUGUGGGACUUGCCACUGAAGGAUGGCCAAACGGCAUGUAUGAUGGGUUGGGAAUCGUAAUUAGUAUAUUCUUGGUAGUCAUUGUUACAGCAGUCAGUGACUACAAGCAAUCCUUGCAAUUUAAGGACUUGGAUAAGGAGAAGAAGAAGAUAUUUAUUCAGGUCACUAGGGAUAAACAUAGACAAAAGAUCUCCAUAUACGACCUGGUCAUCGGAGAUGUUGUUCAUUUAGCCACAGGAGACAAAGUUCCAGCUGAUGGGAUAUUUAUAUCAGGAUACAGCUUGUCGGUGGAUGAGUCAAGUUUGUCAGGCGAGAGUGAGCCAGUAAAUAUAGAUGAAAAAAAACCUUUUCUUCUCGCAGGAACCACAGUGCAAAAUGGAUCAGGUAAGAUGCUGGUAACGGCUGUUGGUAUGAGAACGGAAUCGGGUAAGUUGACGGAGACUCUAAAUGAGGGUGGAGAAGACGAAACGCCACUGCAGGUGAAGCUGAAUGGUGUUGCUACAAUCAUCGGUAAGAUUGGAUUGGGUUUUGCUGUGCUGACAUUUGUUGUGCUGACAGUAAGAUUCUUGGUGGAGAAAGCACUUCACCAUAAGUUUACAGAUUGGUCUUCCAGUGAUGCCCUGAAACUUUUGAACUACUUUGCUACUGCAGUAACUAUAAUUGUUGUUGCAGUUCCAGAGGGACUACCACUGGCAGUUACACUGAGCCUCGCUUUUGCAAUGAAAAAAAUGAUGAAUGAGAAGGCACUCGUAAGGCAUCUCUCUGCAUGUGAGACAAUGGGUUCUGCUACUUGCAUUUGCACGGAUAAGACAGGGACACUGACGACAAACCAUAUGGUUGUUGAUAAGUUCUGGAUAUGUGGGAAGUCUAAAAGGGUAAAAGGUGGGGAGCGUGGAGAUAUAUUGAAUUCAGAAACAUCAGAAAAGUUUAUAAACAUCCUCUUCCAAGCAAUAUUUCAAAAUACAAGUUCUGAGGUGGUCACAGAUAAAGAUGGAAAGAAAUCCAUUUUGGGAACAGCAACGGAGUCAGCAUUGCUAGAAUAUGGCUUGCUUCUGGGUGGUGAUUUUGAUGCUCAUCACCAGGAGAAUAUUAUCCUGAAGAUUGAACCUUUCUGUUCAGACAAGAAAAAGAUGUCUGUUCUAGUGUCUCUUCCCGAAGGUGGGUUCCGAGCCUUUUGCAAAGGUGCAUCAGAGAUUAUUUUAAGAAUGUGUGACAAGGUCGUUGAUACCAAUGGGGAACCUCUACAUAUGUCAGAGGAACAAACAAAAAAUAUCAGUAAUGUCAUCGAUGGUUUUGCCUGUGAAGCUUUGAGAACCCUUUGCUUGGCCUUUAAGGAUUUUGACUACUGUCCAAAUGAUAAUAGCAUCCCUAAUAGCGGCUACACAUUGAUAGCAGUGGUUGGAAUUAAGGACCCAGUUCGUUCAGAGGUUAAGGAUGCAGUUCAAACUUGUUUAGCAGCAGGAAUUACUGUGCGUAUGGUCACUGGUGACAAUAUUAACACAGCUAAAGCCAUCGCUAAAGAAUGUGGAAUACUCACUGAAGAUGGUUUGGCCAUAGAAGGACCAGAAUUUCGCAGCAAAACGCCUGAGGACUUGAAGGAUAUAAUACCUAGAAUUAAGGUAUUAGCACGGUCUUCACCUAUGGACAAGCACACCUUGGUAACCCACCUGAAGAAUAUGUUCAAAGAAGUUGUUGCAGUUACUGGUGAUGGCACUAAUGAUGCUCUUGCUCUGCGUGAAGCAGACAUUGGACUUGCUAUGGGUAUAGCAGGAACAGAGGUUUGUGUAUACGCACUUUGGCCAGGCAGUCUCUGA